GCAGCAGCAGCAGCAGCAGCAGCAGCAGCAGCAGGAAAGGCAAUUCAAGGAGAAGGGCUGGAGAGGCUGGCGGAGGACUUGGGAGUGGGACUUGAUGACAUUUUCUUUUUGGUCUUCGCCUUCCACUGCGAAUGCAAAACGCAAGGAGUGAUAACUCGAGAAGACUUCUUUCGGGGGCUGCGGAGUUUAGGUGUAGAUACACUGCAGGGGCUGCAGGCGCAGGUGCAGCAGCAGCAGCAGGCGCCCUACAGGGACUUGCUGCUGCUGCGGCGGGUCUACAGCUUCGCCUUCGGCUACGCGCUGGAGCCGCAGCAGAAGCAGCUCCCCAAAGACCUUGCUGCUGCUUACUGGCUGCUGCUGCUGCAGCCGCUGCAGUGGUGUUUGCUGCAGCCCUUUCUGCAGUACGUGGAGUGUAUCUCCACCUUGCGCAGCAUCAACAAGGACGUCUGGCUCAUGGUCCUCGAGUUCGCCCUCUCCUGCCCCACCAGCAGCAGCAGCAGCAGCAGCAGCAGCAGCAGCAGCAGCAGCAGCAGCGGCAGCGGCAGUGGACCAGUGGACCAGACCAUUGACCGCGUGCUGGCGGAGUACGAAGACGACGGCGCGUGGCCGCUGCUGAUCGACAACUUCGUGGAGUGGAUGCGGGAGCAGCGCAGCAAGAAGUGA